AUGGCUGCUACUACCUUCAUCCCACGCACGCAGUUCCCCACGCUGACCUCCCUCCCACGCUCCUACUAUCUGGGCCAUCAUGCAGCAGGUCUAUCGAAGAUGCGAGGGAUGCUGGGCCAGAUCGACCUCGUGCUCGAAUGUCGAGACUACCGCAUCCCGUUGACUAGUCGAAACCCGCUAUUUGAAGAGGCACUGCGAGGCAAAGAGCGAAUGAUGGUCUACACGAAGCGAGAUCUGGGAGGUCAAGGCGGCGACAACGAGAUCUACUCUCUUCUUCGCUCCUUCCACGCCCCGACUCCCGUCCUCUUCUCCGACCACAAAUCUGCUCCUUCAACUCGUCAAGUCCUGCAGCAGAUCAAGACUGCGGCUGCCAAGCGCAAUAGCUUGACUGGCAGUCAUCUGAUGGUCGUUGGCAUGCCCAACGUUGGCAAGUCUUCCCUUCUCAACGCCCUACGAGCCACGUCGUUGCACAAAGGCAAGGUAGCGCAUACAGGAGCUCAACCAGGAGUCACACGAAAGAUUGGUACGGGCGUGAAGAUCAUCGACCCGGAAGCUUCGGGAGACAACUCAGGAGCCACGCCAGUCUACUUGCUAGAUACGCCUGGUGUCUUUAUCCCAUACGUCCCUGACGCCGAAGCCAUGCUCAAGAUGGCAUUAUGCGGCAGCGUCAAGGACAACGUUAUCGCGCCCUUUACCAUCGCAGAUUACCUCCUCUACCACAUCAAUCUGCAGUCUUCCGACACAUACAAAGCCUAUCACGAACCGACAAAUGACGUGACAAGUCUCCUGACCGCUAUGGCUGCCAAAACUGGAAGACUAGGCAAAGGUGGCGAGCCUGAUCUAGAUGGCACGGCCAUGUGGUUCAUUCAACGUUGGCGUAACGGGCAUUUGGGGCGAUUUAUGCUGGAUGAGGUGAACAAGGAGACUAUCGCGGAAGCCACUCAAAUCGGUCUGGGCGAGGAUCAGAUGAGUAUGAGCCAGAUGCGCAAGGCCGGGAAAGAAGCUUUGAGGCAGCGCACAAGGAGCAAGAGGAGUGCGCAGGCAGCUGGAGGAUAA